AUGCAGGUACCUAGAGACGACAGUUUAGAGGCGAAGGCCUUGGCCGUAGGACGGCGAUAUGAUGCGCGCAUGACAGAAAUCAUGCAGAACUUACGAAGGGCACCUGCCGAUGUUCGUUUCUGCAAAACAUGCAAUCUCGUUAACAAAUGGCCGAUAGCAGUCAGUGAAAUGUCCAUCGAGGUCAGUGGCGCCUUCAACAUCCUAUCGGGAGAUCUGGAGAACUUAUCGGAUAGUAGGAGUACCAAAGACAUACGAGGGACGAUUUGAACGAAGCGUUAGAGCUUUUGGCGCGUGAUUGGGACCCAAGGGAUAUGGACCGCAAUCUCCCAGGUGAUUCCUCCUCUUCCACCAGCUUCAAACAUCAACUGAUAGAUUGCCUGUAGAGGCAAAUAUUUCCGCCUCCAGAAGGUGGUUUUGUACCAUCGAUACAAGGACCAAAUGUCAUGCCUGUGGCUUGGCGUUUGACCUUGUUCACGUCGUCCGUUGCCAUUCCCCGGAAUACAUUUAGCAAUCCAGAGCUAACGUAGAGCAGUUUGAUCCCUCUGGAGACGAUACCUUUUCAGAGGAACAAAAGGCGGCAGCGGACGAACAUCGCGCUUUUUGUCCCAUUAGAGAGGUCGACGGCUGGAGAACUGACGUAACCCAAACCUACCACGUUGGGGAUUAUUGGGACCGAUUUGUCGAUGCUACGAGCAGGGGAGAUGAUAUCAUGUCCCUAGUCGGCGAAGACAACUACGGUGAGUUCGUUCAGCCCAGGCUCUCUCGAGCGCAAAUCGCUGCUUCCCAGAGAUACUUUAACAGAAAGGCUCUUGCAGCCCAAGUUCUGUUGAAGCAUUGCCCUAAAUGCUUGAGAGCUAGCAGCACAGCCCUGAUGGUGAGAUAGCGAUUUCCACCCAUAGCACCGCAGCACUAACUGUGUCCAAAACAGGGGAAGAGGAUGCAUGAGAGGGUUUGUCAGUUGGCACGGUCCGAUUGGGUUACCCUCGCGGAAGUACAACCGCUUCGAACCCAAGAAGGCGUUGAUGGACGCGAGAUGGUAAUGAAUUCGAACGGGCUACUCGAAAGGAGGUUUAGGAUCUUCGCUCCGAGUGAGAAGGCAAGACUCGAGAGAAAGUAUCAACUACAGCUUUACGCUCAAUUGAACCUGGACGAGAAAUCGCUCGCUCUAUUGGGUGACGACAACGAUUCCGAGGACGUCCCCUCAGAUCAGGACGACCGCCUAAUUGCGCGUCGGCGUGGACCCCCCCGACGCCGUCCUCACCGCAACCCCAUCGAUAGUGAAAAUAGUGAUGACGAAAAUGACUACGGGCCCGGCCGCGGCGGUGGGCGUAUCAUCCACCGCCGUAUGCCUACACUUGAGGAAUACAACAGUUGGCGUGCGAUGGCUCCGACUCUGCUGAACAUUAAUAAUAAUUCGACGGAGCAGAUAUCGUCUAGAUUUGAAAUGGAGUUUCAGGAUAUGCUCCAACGAAACGACCCUAUCGCUGCCAGUGUCCCGGAGCCUCAGACCAGCCUUCCGCAUACGGUUCGGCCUCUUCCUGAAAAAAACUCACAUCCAUGGCGCGCGAAAAAGUCACCCAGAACAAAAAUAGCUCUAGACACAGGUGAGAUAACCACCGGCCAGCUUCCGGCCAAGACCGCUCCACUCCGGGGCGACCCUCGGCCCCCCGCACCAGACCCCUCAAGACCCGACGAUGCCCGCAAGGGCGGCGAUACUAACAACGUCGGUACUGGCCGACCUCUUGGAACUAAGAUUCCGGCUCUCCCAGAAGCUGAUACGGAGAGACCUCUUGAUCUCAAUCCCACUCCCGCGCUUCAGAGGGCAUACGAUGAGAUGCCAGAAGCUUUCAUAUCCGCCGUGACAGAGACGGGGUUGCUUGAUGACCCGAUAGCCUUUUCUGAGAGGGUAUUGACCCUCAGGCUAUUGCGCACAGGUUGGGAUGUCCAGAAUGCACGGGCAGCGGGAGAAGCAGCCAGAAAAAGGAAAAGGGGUAGAAGAGAGGCGGCUGAACCGGACGCCCGCAGCCCGCUUUUAAUGUAUGUCGAUUUUUUCACGGAAGGGGGUCUCACUAGUUCACCUACGCCCGUAAGCUUCCUAGAAAUUCUGCGCUACUCGGACGCCAGGCUUGAGAGAGAUAAUUCGUAUAUUCCAUUCCUCUUUCCGGUAGAGUCGGCUUCGGAACACAAUCCAUCAGCGCCCCCGAUGCCAGCCGGGUUUAGGCAAGCCAUGAUACAUACCCAAGGAUUUUUGGAGUGUUGCAUGCUAGGAGUGCGUAGGAUGAUGGCAUUCUGGGGCUUCCAGCACCGCGGCACAAGCUCGACCGGGAGACACCUAUGGCGGCUGGCUCCAAACUUCGUUGCCGCAAAUCAUACGUGGACACGGAACAUUGAUCAUAAUCACCUGCGUGUGAGCCGCGUAAUUAGAUUCCUGCGUUUGGCAGGAGCGCAUCGCAUUGCGAGAUCAAUAUAUAGGUGCAUGAUGAGGGCCAUCAGAGAGAGGAACCUUCCAGUGGACAUUCAAACCUGGAUUCUCUGGAGAAGAAGAGCGCUGGGGCCAGUGGGCAUAGGCCCACUCUCCCAAAAUUUCCCACCCGAUAGAAACUAUAGGACAGACUCAGAACCAGGCCAAGACGAUAGGUCAGAGGACAAGAUACCCAACGGCCUCACCGACGACAGCUUGUCUGGACGCAGCCACUCCACCGGCGACAGCUCGGUUAGACUCCCGCGCUUGUGGUCCAGCGGGGGCCCCCUGCCGGAGCCCCGGGGAAACCUCCCAACCGUUAAGUGGGGCCAGCUCAGCCCGCCCUUCGGAGCCAGCUUCACCGAUGAUGAUAUCCAGGCAUUUGGCAACGGCGGUGACCUAGGAGAGGUCCACAGUUCCUCCUCCUCUGAGGGCUUCUUGGACCCGCACGAGCGCGACGAGGACUUUAUCCCGAAGAGACUGCCAAUCUCCCCCGUUGGAUCCCCGGUGGCCGUACAUGUUCGAGCUCCAUUGGCAGGUCGGGACUCGUACGAGAGUGUGCCCAAACGUGAUGAGGAUUAUGCAGCCAUCAACACAAGGAGUAGAACCGUACCCGGGACACGGCCACAGGAAACGCAGCAGCCAGUAGAAAGGCAUCCCAUUCUUUCCUUCCUUCCUUCCCUUCUCCGGUACCUACCGCAUGAAACAAUACUAACAUGAUACGGCCUAGUGACCAAACCUCCUUCUAUCCAAGAGCGGGGCCAAGGCGAGAUACGGAACGCACCCCGCCGAUGACUCCCACGAAGAAGACGAAUUUGAGGAAUUCAAGGCGGCGGCGCUGAAGGACUUGGGCCCGAACACUACGAGGGCAGCUGAGUCCGUGCUAUGA